AUGUUCAUGGACGGAGCAAGCAAUGCUGAAGUUCGAGGUGCGGGCUUCAUCCUAACAAGCCUAGAGGGCUUCAAAAUUCAGUUUGCCCUACACUUUAACUUUCUAGCAUCCAAUAAUGAAGCAGAGUACGAGGCGUUGAUAGCAGGCCUGAGAAUGGCCAAAGCCAUCCAAAUCAAAAGGUUGACAGUGCUAGUUGACUCACAACUGGUCGUGAAUCAAGUUAAGGGGCACUAUGAAGACAAAGAUGACCGUAUGGUAGUGUACCUGGAAAUCGUCAAGAGGUUAGUAAACUCGUUUGAUGUGUUUGAGGUGAGCAGGGUGUCCCAGAACGAGAAUGAGAAGGUAGACACCUUCUCACGCUUGUCAAUAGAAGCGCUGGCUCAGCUCGAUGGGUCAGUAUAUAUUGAGCAGUUAUCUGAGCCCUCCCACCAAGUCUGA